AUGGUGCCAACAUCUCAACACAUUUUACCAGAUCUACCACCUGUAGAGAAUUUUCCUAUGCGUGAAUGGAAUAUUGAAAUAGUACAAUUGGAUAAAGAUGGUAAUGAAAUACCUGCAUCACUUUUUGAAAAAGUAACAUAUCAUUUACACCCAACUUUCAAUAAUCCAAAUAGAACAUUUACCGAACUCCCAUUUAAGAUUACAGAACAAGGUUGGGGUGGAUUCCCUUUAAAUAUCAGCUUGUUCUUAAUAGAUAAAGGUGGUGAAAGAAAAAUUACCCACGAUUUGAAUUUCUUACAGGAUACAUACGAGGUGGAUCAUGAGAUUCAAGUUCCUCAUACAAAACCUGCAUUAAUAGAAGAACUGGCAAAAAGUGGUCCGAUCGAAGAAGAAAUUGCUGCCAUAUCUAAUGCAAAGAGAAAAGCUACAGUUACACCGAGUGUCGUAGAACCAAAGACUAAGAGGGCAAAACCUACAGCUGCACCAAUGAUUAAAGGUGAUAUUGAUAUCGAAAAGCUAGCUUUUGGUUUAACCAAAUUAAAAGAAGACGAUUUAGUGGGUGUUGUACAAAUGAUAACGGAUAACAAGACACCAGAAAUGAACAUUACCAAUGACGUAGAGGAAGGUGAAUUUACCAUGGACUUAUUUAGUUUACCCGAAAGUCUUUUGAAGAGUCUUUGGGAAUAUGUAGAGAAAAAUGUAGAAUAG